AUCCAAUUCACGCGCCGCCGUCACCCACCUUGCCCUCCGCCGUCUUUCUUCUUCGUUUUUCUUUCUUUCUUCCUUACUUUCUCCCCCUCUUCUCUUUUUUCUUUCCUUUUCUUCUAAGUUGCGCCGCCGCCGCCGCCCGCUGGAGUAUCCGGUGCGGCUUUUUUUAAUUUCCCUCUCUUUCUUCAUUUCCCUCUGAUUGUGCUUCCGUUUACUAGGAAAUCGAGUAUGUUUUAACAUUUUCCUCAUCUAUUUUUUCAUUUUCUUUGCUUCUCCUACCGGUGGUCUCCGGUCGCCGGCGCUUCCGUUUCAGACCUCUUUGCCCAAGUUUUUCCGGUAGCUAGGGUGCACAGAAAAUCGCACCAACAAACAAACAUGGCCAAGUUUAUUCUCUAACACCAGUUUUGCUUGUAGGUUUUGUAAGUCGUUAGUCGAAAAUUUUGGGUCAAAUACAGUUCGUGAAAGCUCACAUUCGAAGUUCCACCAUGUUCGCUCAAGUCAGGUAUCGGUUGCAACAGACAAUUCUCCGUUCGCGCAUCGUUGAAAACCCUGGAACUCCGAUCUCCAGUACAGGAUCGUGCGUUUCCUUAUAUUCCACUUCCACAAGGAUAUACAGCGGUCCGAUUUCGAGAUCACUGCGCAAGCGAAUCAACAGAAGAGCUAGAUUGGCAGCAAAACCUGUUCUAGACAAAACAGUUUUCCAAAAAUGUGUAUCUCAGCUGCUGCCUAGGUUCACCCCGGAGGAUCUCCACAAUGUGAUAAUCGAACAGGACGAUCCAUUGGUGUGCUUCAAUUGGGCGUCUCAGCAGCACAGAUUCAGGCACACCGUGUUCACCUAUCACGUCACGAUCCAAAAGCUCGGUGCGGCCAAAAUGUACAAGGAAAUGGACGAUAUCGUCAAUCAGGUUCUAGCUAUCCCUAACCUGGGCUCUGAGCCUCUUUUCAAUACCAUGAUAUAUUACUUCAUUGAGGAUAGGAAGCUUGUUAGGGCUGUGAAUAUAUACAAGCAUAUGCGUGCUUCCCGGAAUUUAGAUUGCCGGCCGUCGAUUCGUACCUAUAACAUAUUGUUUGCAGCAUUUCUGAGCCGCAGGACGAACAACUAUAUUAACCGAAUGUAUAUUGAGACAAUAAGGUGCCUGUUCAAGCAAAUGGUUGAUGAUGGAGUCGAGCCCGAUAUUUUUUGUUUGAGUGCUAUGAUAAAAGGAGCAAGGAGUGCUUAGAGAAAGUUGCGGAAACCAUCAAAUUUCUAUCGGCACGCGGAGACUCUUACAUCCUAUUACUCACAGGGACUGGAGCCGGGGAGGUUGGGCUCAACAGUGUGCUCGGAGGAGCAGUCUUUGUUACUUGCAUCGUUGUUGGGGCUGUUUCACUUUGUGUUGCGCAACAGGACGUCCAGAUUGAUAACAAGUGUUUUUUGUAGGAAGUCUGUUUUCCAUGGGAAAUCAAGAGGAUGAGUCCAUGUUUAGCUCAUUGCUUGAGGUUGAAACCGAGAGUAAUGCGCAGUCACAUGCUUCGUUGCUGCAGUGGAUGUGCGCUACUAAUGUGGCAAUAUGACGGAGACAAGAAUCUGUGGAGAUGGAAUGAGGAAGAUACGGAAGCACAUCGGCCAUUGUUUUCAUUUUUGAAGCUAUGUUCUCUAAUGCACUUGCCAUUAACAGUUCCAAGGCGACUCACUGUUCCUGGUCUAAGGUGUGGAUACAUCACGGCUAAGGAUGUUCUUGAAUUAGUUGAGGAACAUAUCCUAAAGGGUGAAAUCGUUGAGAAGCUUUGGAGGGGCCAAAUGGGUACUACUAUUGGCAAAUCAAGUGUGGCCUUAUUUGAUAGCCACAACCCACCAAGUGGACUUGAUACAGUUAAAGUUAAAUAAAAAAAAGAUGCCACCUGGAUUGUGGUUAUUAUAUUGAGCAUCACUUCAGCUGCUACUAUUGCUUAUGGCAUCUACCGAAGAAGAAGGGAGGCUAGGCAAAGAAGAAGAAAAAAAAGAGGAAAGAGGGAGGAGGGAACAGGAAGACCGAAAAGAAAAGAAAAGGAAAACCUGUUGGCGCGGCUGCCGUCUGCUGUCGAUGAUGAUAUAGUAUGUGUAAAUGUAUUAUUGAUUAGGAAUUUAGGGUAAAUUGUGUAUAUUAAUAAUAAUGAUAUUAUAAUUAUGAUUAAUUUUUUA